UAUCACUACUGAUACAGGAUAGAACUCAAAAAUGUCGACUACAUCGUUUAUUACAUGUUAUUGCGACAUGAUCUUCACAAAUGUAUAUGUCUGUGGUAUUAGGCCGACGCAUCAUCAUCAGUGGCAAGCCUCCAGUUUGUCUGCUUCUCAUCGUUCUUCUAAUCGUGGCAUCUUCGGUGGUGCUAUGCGUCGAUGUUCGCUUAUCAGCAUAAGAUGCCGCGGCAGCUCCGAUUCUGAUUCCGGACGAGGUUUUGGGCAAAGAGAAGACCCCUUACCCUCCUCCACUACCCCAACCCCAGCCAAGAACAAGGCAAGCAAGGCCUCAACUAAGGAUAGGGGUAAGGGUGCAGCUUCACCCCAGAGGAAAUUAGUAUCCCAGCAACCUGGGUCUAUACGAAAUCAGGCACCUGCAACAAAUUCCAGUAUGGAUGAAACAAUGAAAGGGAUUUCCUUUGAUCUUGAGUUUGAGGAAAGGCUUCAGGCAGUCAGAAGGUCAGCAUUAGACCAAAAGAAAGUUGAAGAGAAGAAUGUAUAUGGAACAAUUGAUUAUGAUGCUCCAAUUGCAUCAGAGCCUAGCAAAAUAGGACUUGGUACUAAGAUUGGAGUAGGGGUUGCUGUUGUUGUUUUUGGGUUGGUAUUUGCUCUUGGAGAUUUUCUCCCUUCUGGAAGUGUCGAUCCAAACAAGGAUGCUAUUGUAGCAAAGAACACAUUGUCACCAGAAGAAAAAGAAAAACUCCAGGAAAGACUACAACAAUAUGAGGCAACACUUACAAUCUCCCCAGAUGAUCCUGUUGCUCGUGAAGGAGUAGCAGUAACCUUAACAGAAUUGGGAGAGUACACCAAAGCGGCAUCCAUGCUUGAAGAUCUGACCAAGAUGAAACCUAGCGACCCUGAGGCAUUCCGUUUACUUGGAGAAGUAAAGUUUGAAAUGAAGGACUAUGAAGGUAGUGCUGCUGCCUUUAGAAGUUCAGCUAUGAUGUCGAAUAAAAUGGAUUUUGAUGUUUUGCGUGGUCUCACGAAUGCAUUGCUUGCUGCUAAGAAACCUGAUGAGGCUGUUCAGAUCCUUCUGACAUCUCGCAACAAUUUGGAAAAAGAAAAGGCAAAUCAGGCUGAUACAGAGUCUCAAAUUGACCCUAUUCAAAUUGAAUUACUUCUUGGAAAAGCAUACUCAGACUGGGGCCAUGUCAGCGAUGCCGUGUCUGUGUAUGAUCAACUCAUCUCUAGCCACCCGGAUGAUUUUCGGGGUUACUUAGCAAAGGGAAUUAUUCUAAAAGCAAAUGGAAAAUUUGGAGAGGCGGAGAGAAUGUUUAUACAAGCUAGAUUCUUUGCACCAGAGGGAGCCAAGGCAAUUGUGGAUCGCUACUCGAGAUAAUAAUGGUUAGAUGGCACAUUUUAGCUUAGUACAACUGUUGUGCAAGUCUUGAGGUUGCCUUAUGUGGAUUCUGUAAAGUAUAAAGACUUGAACAUGAGGCAGCUGCUUAUAUAGUGUUACCAUGAUGGGGUACUUUGUCAUUUUUUGAUUAGCAGUAAACAAUAAUAUGUAUUCAUUAAUUGUUGCUGAUUGGGGAGAUCAUGCAAAGUAAUGUGACCUUGUCUCCUCUUUACUUCCUCACCU